UGACGUCAUUGUACCCGGAAGUGGGAGGGGGAAGGUGAACUGUAGUGCAUUAUCAUGGCUCGUAGUUUGCUGUGCAGAGCUGCGUUUCAGCUCAGCGGGGCCACGGCUCGGCUUCCCGCUUCCAGGUUUUACUCUCAGACCGAAGCGGAGCCGCUGACAGUGAAACAGGAAAACGGCGGAAUAAGGAGAGUUAUACUGAACAACCCGAAGAAGAGGAAUGCGUUGUCUCUCUCCAUGCUGGAGUCUCUCAGAGAGAACAUCUUGGCUGAUGUUGACAGUGAUGAUCUCAGAGUUAUAAUUAUAUCGGCCAAAGGUCCGGUGUUUUCCUCUGGACACGACCUGAAGGAGCUGACGUCAGCCCAUGGCCAAGAACAUCACGCUAACGUGUUUCAUACUUGUGCUGAGGUAAUGGGCAUAAUACAAGACCUACCGGUUCCUGUCAUUGCGAUGGUGAAUGGUGUUGCCACGGCAGCAGGUUGCCAGCUUGUUGCCAGCUGUGACAUUGCAGUGGUGACGGAGAAGUCCACCUUCGCCACGCCGGGUGUCAAUGUGGGCCUGUUCUGCUCCACGCCUGCUGUGGCCAUCGGCAGGGCUGUGCCGAGGAAGGUUGCAAUGGAGAUGUUGUUCACAGGAGCUCCCAUCUCAGCCCAAGAAGCUUUGCUGCAUGGUCUGGUUAGUAAGGUGGUGCCAGAAGAGCGACUGGAGGAGGAGACCUUAGCCAUUGCCAAGCGGGUGUGUCAGGCGAGCCGACCAGUCGUGGCCCUCGGCAAGGCCACUUUCCAAAGACAGAUGUCUCAAGGCCGAGACGCAGCAUAUGCCAUCGCCUCCAAGGUGAUGGUUGACAACCUGGCUCUGAGAGACGGACAAGAAGGAAUCCAGGCCUUCAUCGAGAAACGCAAGCCAGUGUGGAGCCAUAAAGCAGAAAAGGCACAUGAUUGAUGGACUACCGGAGAGCUGUUUAUCAGAGGAGACCGUCAGUGGUCUAGUACUUAUGGUGACUGGUACAUGUGGUUUUAAACCACUGGUGUGGAAUAAUUGGCACCAGUUGUGAGUCCAUGUUUGGGCUACGUAUGUAGCUGUUAAAUGAUAGAUGUUUAACUUGCUAAGUCACAAGGUGUCCUAAUGUACUCUGUGGAUUUCCUCUCUUUUGUUGAGACUAAAAACAAAUAGAUGAACCACUGAGUGCCUGACUGAUGAAGUGCCAGAUUUUCAAGGCUGAAUUAUGCUUCUCUAUGCACACAGUAUGUCAAAUCAGUAAGUGUAUUGUCAGUGGCCGUGCUUCCGAAGGAAAGGUUAAUCAUUUUCUCUGAGGUGAGGUGUCCAACAGUUUAGGCUCAGAUAGAAAUGAGAAUCUCUUGGUCUAAUUAUUAACACAAAAGACAAACAACUGUGUUGGACAAUAUUUUGGCACCCUGGUAAGAAUGUCAAAGAAGAGAGGUUGACUAUGACAGUAAAGUACCUGUCAACCUUGAAAUUCAAUAUUUCUGCUUUGGGGAAACUGAUUCAGAAGAAAGUAAUUCACAUCAUUAGUUUUUGUGUCAAAGUAUACUUAUUAUUGGUUCUGUUGUGAAAUGUUUUGGGAAAAUUGAUUGCUUCAACAUUGGUUGUGAAAUCUAAAAGUAUUCUAGUAAUUUAAAAUUAUUUACUUAUACAUCUAGAAUAUUUGAAUUAUACCGGAAUAAAUACAAAAAUAUUUUUGGAACAUUGUAUUGCAGCAAAAAUGACCCAAAAUACAAUAAAGGUCUGCUUGCGCGGUA